UAAAUUGGAUUCCACGAUAACCAGGAGUCAUUUGGAACCGUUCAAAAUCAAUAGAGGCAACGAAAUCACAAAUAUGGCCAGGGUCUCGUCAAGAGUGGAUUCAUUAGACUGCGAAAAUUUUGAAGUAGAUUUAAGAUCAUCUACUGCUGCUACCAUUACUGCUCCUACUCCUUCUGCUACAACUGCCACUACUCGUCGUACUGCUGCUACUGUUCCUACUUCUCCUGUUGUUAUUGACAAUAGAAAAUUGUUUUACAUGGAUACCAAGGACAAAGAAGAAGAUNAGAAAAUGGGCUUCCAUGCAAAAUGA